CAAAAAUGUCCGCUCCCAAACACAGUUCCCCAAACCCUUCAAAACCCCCAAAAGCCAGUCACCAAUUACAGCCUUCCCAACUCCAAAAGCCCAAACCCAAGGCCAAGCCUACAGCUAAACAUAACGAACUGUUCGCCGAAAGUUCUGGUGAGAAAUCUAAGAAUCCUUUUGCCAAGUCCAAUUGGACCACCAUGAAGAAAGAUAAAGACCAAGGAUGGGAAGAGAAGUAUAAAGAGUUGCAGAAAAGUUAUGAGGAGUUGGAAAAGGAGUUUAGAGAGAUAGAAAAGAAGGCAGAUGAGAGGAAGGAAGAAGGGAAGAGCGAUAAGCUUCCUUUGAAAGAUCAGAUUAGUUCGAAAUCAAAUAAAGCUUUGGAGGAUCUAUCUACAAUUCAAAGGAAAUCUUCUAACGAUCAGGAACAGAUUCAAUCACUUUUGUCACAAUUAGAUGCUCAGACAGAGAAAAUUACCUCUCAGGAGGUAAUCAUUCAAGAACUGAGGGAGAGAGAAUCCUCUAUAAGGACCCAAGCAUCUGAAAGAAAAUUAUCAGGGCUGUCCAGAGGAACCUCUGACCAAAUUUCAAAAGACCAAUCAGAGCUAGCUUGCAAGAAAGAAGAAAUUGAAGAAGUAAAAGAUACCUCAAACUGAAGAAUGAUAGAGUAUGAAAUUGACAGACUCAAGCUUGAGAACAGACUUCUUGUUUCUAAAUUAGAAGCGAAAACUCUAUGUGAAGUCAGACAAGAAUGGCCAAGCUGUUAUAGCAAUCAAGGAAGCGAGAAAUUAAAGAUUAUAUCUUACAAGAGCGAGAUUAAAAAACAUGAGAGAAGGAUCAGAGAUUUCAAGGAGCAAUCUAAGAUUGAGAAAGAAUGGAGAGCUUCACUCCAAACCGACAAAAACUGGCUAAUCUACAUCGUCUGCAUUUUAUUUACACUGGUAACAGUGAUGUUCUUGGAGAAACUAAUUUAG